AUGUCGAUCUCACGCGCAUCGCUCGCUGCAGCCUUGGUCGAGUACGACAAUGACGAUCUCCCUACCUAUGAACGGAAGAACCACCGCCAGUCUGCGCUCUUCUCGCAUCUCCAGCCAAGGUCACCGCCACCGCCGCAAUUGCCAUCGCCGGUCAGCCUCAUCCCGCUGAGGGAGCAUGAUGGGCGAGGGCAGCAUGGGAGGCAGCAGAGCGGGUCUUCAAGCCGCUGUGAAGAUACUGGGGGCCAGGUCAACGACAUGCACGGUCCCCGCAGGAGCUUUCAGAGUGGUCGCUCGUCCGAGCCCCAAGCCGAGCCCGAGCGGGGAGCAGAAGCAGAAGACGUCGAUGUCUCCCGCUGGGACCUCCCUGAGCAUCUCGUCUCUACCGCACCCGCCAAAUCUCCCGACCUCGUCCGUUCGCAAAUGAUAUCCCGAUCGUCCAUCCCCCAGAUCAUCACCAAAUCCGCCUCUACCCCUGUUCCCCAUCCGGAAUCUUCCCCGUUCCAACACCGCGCCCGCUCUAUCCACCUCGACCAGGACACGCCAGACCCUCCUCGUCCCAGCCUAGACUCGGGUGCUCGUCGGCGGACCGUAUCGUUCGAGCUGGACCGGAACGCUGAUCCCGCUCGGCGGCGGACACACUCCACCUCGGAGUAUCUCUCCAGUGUGGACGCGGCGCUAGCGGCGGCGGAGCGGGCGUUGGCAUUGGCGGAUGCGCCGAGAGCGCGGUCCGUGAUGGGCGUGAUGGGUCUGGAUGAGAUCGGGUUGGAGGGAAGUAGGGUGAGGGAGCCGAUGAUGGUACCUCUGCCCUCCUCACCGACUUCCAUGCGGUCCCGCCCUAUCUCGGCCAUGUCGAUGAGUCGGGGUCGGUCGUUUGACUAUGAUCGGCGGGAGUCUAUCGCCGAGGGUCCAGAAGAGGACAACACACCCAACCCUUUCGCUCUCCCCGCUCCACCGUCGAGCCAGGCAUCGCGGUUCGACCCGAAAUUCGCCGAAUCAGCCAUCAGUCUCAACCCAUCUUCGCCGCCCAUCCUCCCCACUCAUUCCCGCCAACUGUCUACCCCGUCCACACUCGAUCCUCGUCGUCUCUCCCAAUCGCAAUCUCAGCCCCAAUCCAACCGCUUAUCCCACAUCCCACCCCUCCAUCCCGUCUCCGCCAACAUCCCCGAACCCUCCCGGGUCUACGCAGACAUCCCCACCCCAGGCGAAUUCGGAAAACCCCUCUUACCCUCCAAAUACGCUCGUCGAUCCCAGGCGGACCGACAGUCCCUCCUCCGCCCUCGAACACUCAUCAUGCCCGCUUCUCUCCAGGGAGCGGGGUACGUUCCGCCCGCCAAGGUCAGGGAUGGGUUCGUACUGGGCGAAAAGCCCUUACCGGCGGGAGCGAGGAGUAGCAUCCUCACGAUGAGUGGGCAGGGCGGAUGGCAGAGCGGAGCUGGAGGGAUAUUGCCGGGGCAGGUCGGAGAGGUCCAGCAGCAAGGACGGGAGUUUGGGAGGGGGCUGGCGAUGGAGUUGCAGGAGACGGAGGAGGAGGAGAGGAGGAGGUUGCAAGAGGAGGAAGAGGUCAGGAUGGCGAGGGAACAGAGGAAGAGGGACAAGAUGCCCGGGAAGCUAUAUUCCGCUCGGGACUGGCUGGACAGUGUUGUGAUGGGCGUAGGCGGGGGUACGAGCCUGAUGGAUCAACUCGAAGCGAGGAAGCAGUACACCAAGAAUCAGCAAAGAGUAUUCACCGGCGAUUCUCGCCCAAGCAUGUUCGCCCGAAACUCCAUCUUACCCGGCUCGACCUCCUCCCAAUCCCUCUCUGCGCAGCUCGCCACUUCUCCACCAAACCAGCCGCUCAUCUCCCCUCCUGGCCAACCUGCCCAGCUCUACCCGACCUCAAACCAGUCAUCGUCUCCCGACAAGACACGGCGCCAGUCUCUACGGGCCCCACUGAUCCAGUUCGACGGGAAUGACCCCUCUGCCGGUCAGCUCCCAGAAGCUCGACCGGGAAUGACCAAGUCUCGCUCGGUCUUUGGCGUGGACGAGCUAUGGGAGAAAGAAAUGGCGAAGCUCAAGAUCAUCCAGGCGGAGGAGGAGGCUAGGCGAGCUGCGCAGGAGCAGAAAGAGCGGGAACUGGCGCAGAGCCCGAAGAAGAAGAAAGGGUGGUUGGGCGGGAAAGACAAAAAGGGAAAGGGGAAAGCCAAGGAGAGUCUGAGUCCGUCAGGGACGGCGGUACUUCUGGGGCGGUCGCCUGAGAAGACGGACUCCGGGACGGGCGGGGAUGGGCAUGGGGCAUCGCCUGUCAAGAAUCGAGUCGGAGAUCUUCCGCCUACGCUACGAUACUCGCCGGAGAAAGCGGCCGCGCCGACUUUGGCGCCGGAUCUGGGCGGUGCGAGGCGGCCUGCAAGUCGAGCUGGGCUGGACGGAUGGAGCAGCGAAGACGAGGAUGGGGAUGCCCGGCGUCGGUCGAAGGGGAAGGGGAAGGCUGCACCGCCUCCACCGGUCCGACUCGACUCGGACACGGACUCGGAGGAUGACGUUCCCCUCUCGCGCAUCCCUAUAUCUCGGCCGGCACCCCUUCGUCCCCCAUCCGAGUCUGACUCAGACGAAGACGUUCCUCUCUCACGCCUCGCGCCUCGUCUUGUUGAUCCGCCCACCAUCCAGCUCAACUCAGACGUCUCGGGCUCGCUAGGUCUCUCCGUACCUGCCCUCCCACCCUCCAUCUCGCCUCGACCACCUACCGCCUCGCCCGGCGAUAUCCCCAUCCUCCCCCUCCCGACAUUUUCCGCUCCCGCCGCCGCCGAAGAGGACGACGACGACCGCCCCCUCGGUCUUAGAGCUACCACCUCUACCAAGUCCAUCCACAACAUCGGGACUCAGCGGACCGAAGAGGAGAAAGCGGAGAUUGAGGAUGAUCUACCGCUGGGGUUCAAACACGCCAAUGCGGUCCAGCGGCAGGUAUCGGGCAAUAGCGCCGGCUAUCCACCUAUGGACGGAGCUGGUCAGGCCUUCUCGCCGUAUCCGCCUCAGAUGGGAUGGGGGAUGCAGCAACAGCACCCGGGGAUGCCGAUGGGGAUGGGGAGCGUAUAUGGGAUGGGGAUGAUGGGGUAUCCGCCACAGUCGUAUGGUGGACAUCCGGGAUAUGGCGGGAUGGGGAUGGGAAUGGGGAUGGGGAUGCCUCAGGGGGUCCCAUUGCAAGGGAACGGACUACCUUUCUUCCCUUCGCCGCAGAUGCCAGCGUCGGGCUCGGUAUCUCAGGGCCUCGGUCCGCCGCCGUUGGGUCCAGGAGGGAACAUCGAUAGUUGGCGUAAAGGGGUACGGGCGCCUAGUACGGUCGGAGGAGAGGGUGGACGAUAG